GGGGGCUUCCUACACGAAACCCAAAUCCAAACGGAAAGGCAUGUGAAUUGAUUUCAUAAUUAACCGUUUUUUUUUAUUAAUGUUUGUUUUCUCACUAAAAUAUCCGUAAAUUACAGAUUAGUUUUAGGAAUCAUUCACACCAAGUGGUCGCUCUCAGUCCGGCGUUUCCCUCCCUCCCAUUCCCUUCCCUUCCCUUGCCGUCUCAUUCUUUCUUUCUUUUUUGCAUUCUUAUUGUGAAGUCCGUCCAUCCAUAACGCAUUGGGAAAAUCGCUUUAUUAUUAUUUUAUAUUAUUCAAAUAAUCUACUCGCAUUUCUUUUUAAGAUUUGGUUUUAUUUUUUUUCUUUCUUUCUUUCUUGUUUCUGUAUGUUCAUUCCCAGUCACAGAAAUGGAUCCUCAGCUGAGUCCCACUGCUUUCACUCAUCCCUUCAAGAGUGAGACUUGGAAGCAUACACUUCUUUUUUCAUUUCAAAGCCUUGGAGUGCUUUAUGGCCAAUUAAGUACUGCUCCUUUAUACGUCUUUGGGACAGUUCCUCAAAAAGAUUUUGUAUCAGAUGAGACUGCCUAUGGCCUCUUCUCCUUCAUCUUUUGGACAAUGACCAUAGUUUCUUUACUGAAGUAUGCCCUUAUAGUGCUCAGGGCUGAUGAUGAUGGAGAGGGGGGUACUUUUGCUUUGUACUCAAUCUUGUGCAGGCAUGCUAAAGUCGGUCUACUUCCAAAUGAUAGAAGUGCAAAUGAAGUAAUGAAUUACGAGGUAGGAAGUCCUUUCAAGAUCAAGAUAGAAUCCAGGGCUAGAAGGGCUAUUGCAAAACAUAAAAGUAGCCACUAUCUGAUGUUGUUUUUGGCUUUGUUCGGUUCCUGCAUGGCAAUUGGCGACGGGGUUCUUACUCCUGCUCUUUCUGUGUUAUCGGCUGCAUCAGGUUUUGGAAGAUCUUUGUCUGAUAUCAAAUUUUCAUCUCGGGAAAGUAAACAAAAGACAAUAUCCAAAGCUUUAAAAGAAUAUGUACCAGUUCCUUCUUCAUGUGCCAUAUUGGUAUGUCUUUUCAUGCUGCAGCACUAUGGAACUCAUAAGAUCGGGUUUAUCUUCGCUCCUAUUGUCAUCAUAUGGCUUUUAUUUAUUAGUGGAGUGGGUAUAUAUAAUAUUUUUCAUUGGAACCAACAUAUCUUCCAUGCAAUAUCCCCAACUUACAUGUGCAAAUUUGUCAUCAAUACCCAUGUUAAUGGUUGGAGGUCACUCGGCAGCAUCAUUCUGUGCGUCGCAGGAUCAGAGGCAAUGUUUGCAGGUCUAGGUCAUUUCUCAAAGAAGUCUAUCAAGAUUACAUUCAUAUGCUUAAUUUAUCCAGUUCUUGUUUUAUGCUAUGCUGGUCAGGCAGCAUAUAUAUCGAAAAACUUGCAUGUUGAAGAUUUUAAUCAUCUCAGUGAAUCUGUGCCUGGACAUCUUCGCCAUGUCUUUGUGGCAUUAUCCCUUCUUGCUUCAGCUGUAGGAAGCCAGGCAACCAUAACAGCUAGUUUUUCUAUCAUAAACCAGUGCCUGGCGCUCGGUUGUUUCCCAAGGGUUAAAGUUAUUCACACAUCAGAUAAGAUACACGGCCAGGUCUAUAUUCCUGAUAUUAACUGGCUCUUAAUGGUGCUUAGCCUUACUGUCACUAUCGCUUUUCAUGACAUCAUGAAAAUUGGGAGUGCAACAGGUUUGGCUGUAGUCUCUGGAAUGCUGGUAACUACGUGUCUUAUGUCACUCGUCAUUGCUCUGUACUGGGAAAAGAAUCUGCUUGAAUCUGUCUGCUUUCUAAUAUUUUUCGGCUUCGUCGAGGCUUUGUAUGUGUCGGCAUGUAUGUUGAACAUUCACAAGGGAGCCUGGUAUUUGGUUGUCCUUUUUCUAUUAUCAUUUACAGUCAUGCUUGCAUGGCAUUAUGGAACCAUGAAGAAAUAUGAGUUUGAUUUACAAAACAAAGUGCCCAUCGAAUGGCUCACUGAUCUUAGUCCAGGUCUUGGAGUUUCCAGAGUACCCGGAAUUGGCUUUAUCUACACUGAUAUAGUAACAGGAAUCCCAGCGUUCUUCUCUCACUUUAUUACAAAUCUCCCUGCAUUUCAUCAAGUACUGAUCUUUGUGUCCUUCAAGUCUCUACCAGUGCCCUUUGUUCAUCCAAGUAGGAGGUAUCUUAUCGGUAGAGUUGGCCCCAGAGAGUAUAAGAUCUACCGCUGUGUUGUACGAUAUGGUUACUGUGAUCAUAUCAGAGACACGGACGAUUUUGAGGAGCAGAUCAUUCGUUCAAUUGGAGAAUUCAUAUCUCUGGAAGAAAAUGAUGCCGAAUCUCUGACUUCACCAGAAGGAAGAAUGAUUGUUGUUGGAAAGCCAUCACCAGAAGGAACAGCUUUAGUUCCUCUUGAUGAUACACAAUCGCAUCUCGGGUCUGAAAUCUUUCCAUGUGAUGAAAAUCAGAGGAGUACACUGGGUGAGAUAUCCGAGCGCAGUUGUCAUCCUGUCAAGAGAAAGAAGGUCCGGUUCAUGUUGCCUCCCGAUAGUCCGAAAAUGCGGGUCUCUGUUAGGGAGGAGCUACAAGAACUGAUUGAUGCCAGGGAGAGUGGCACCGCAUAUUUCUUGGGACAGUCUCAUUUGGCAGUGCGCGACGGUUCUAACUUCCUCAAGCGGUUCCUGAUCAUGAUGUAUACUUUUUGCGAUAAAAAUGGCCGUGAGCCUCCGGUGGCGCUGAACAUCCCUCAUGCUGCUCUUGUGGAGGUCGGUAUGGUCUAUACCAUAUAAACUGUGGAAAUAUGAAUACAGUUAUGUAAUAGCUUGUACAGAAAGAGGGCAUAUGAAAAAGACAAGAUAAAGAAGAGAUUUAUGUGACUAGGGAGUAUCGCUCCAUCUUGUAGUUUACAGUCAAAUAUGAGGAGUUUUUGGGAAUGAACAGAACAAUAUUAAAAUGACAAAAAAGGGUAUUUAUUAUGUUCUCGUCUGAGUUUAAUCAUAAGUAGUGAAACUCGCAAUACA